UUCCCGCAACAAGAAUUACAAAUCAAGUUUACUCCAUUGAAGACGGACAUUUUGAGAAAAGGAAGCAAGAUGGCCAGGUUAGUACAGCCUCCACCGAAGUACACUCCCGAAGAAUGGCACGCUUCGAACCAUCUUCAAUAUUUCAAUGCUGAACGGGAACGCGCUGCAGCAGAAAGGCUUCGAGAUGAAAGCUUUCGACUCGCUCAUGAAACCGAAGUUCGUACGACACAAACUCAAAUGGACGUCAAUAAGAAGCUUGAACAGCGAAUCACUGAUAUAGGUUUUUGGAAAUCAGAGUUAGAUCAGAAGCAGGAAGAAACAGAAGACGAAAUCUCCACCUUACUUCAGUUCAAAGCCCGAGUAGAGAAAGCUUUGGCAGAUACAGAACUCCCUCUUAUGAUCGCUCAACAAUGUCUGGUCAACCGCGAAAGGCGAAUGAAAGUUGAUCUCGUCCACGACAAUGUGGAAAUGCAACUUCAAAAGGAGGUGGAGGUUAUUGAAGGAGUGCAAGCCCUGUUACAGAGAACUCUUGAACAAGCAACUGAGCAAAUAAGGCUUUUAAGAUCAGCCAAAUACUACUUGGACAAAGACAGGAAAGACAAGUUCCAAGCCAAUAAUAUUGACAACAAGUGUGCAUCUCUAGAAAAUACUUCAGCUGGGCUGCGCUUUGCCAAAGAUGCUGUUAAGGUGGAGAAAAACUCUGUAACUCCUGAUGAAUGGGAAGAUUUUUCCAACAAGAAUGUUCUUAAGGCAGAACGCGAGAAAAAUUCUUCCAUUAAUCUGCGUAGCAUCAUAGAUGGUAUACUUAUGCAGACCUUAAGUGACCUUCAAGCCCAAUGCCAAGCUGUUAACCUGGCAUUCCAGAAGCGAAUUGAAGAAACUGUGGAAGCAAAAACAAAGUUAGAAAAACAUUUAGCUCAGGUGAUGGAAGAAAUAGCUGCCAUGGAGCAAAACAUUGAAAUGCUCAAAAGAGCUAUUGCUGAUAAAGAGGCUCCAAUGAAGGUUUCUCAGACGCGACUGGAGAACAGAACCUUUAGGCCAAACGUAGAGCUUUGCCGAGACCGUGUACAGUAUCGGCUGAUAGAGGAAGUAUUUGAGAUCUCUACCAACAUUGAGCGACUGCGGGAAAAACUGGCUGAUGCAGAAGCAUCCCUCAAAGGACUGAUCAGGAAGCAACUUUCUUUGGAAGAAGAUAUUGAAGUGAAAGCAAACAGUCUUUUUAUUGACAGAGAUCAGUGUAUGGAGUUACGCAAACAGAUCAACCAUGUACCUCAUUGAAAGGCCUAUUUUAGGAGAUAUGCCUCCACAACUCCAACAUUUUGAGAUGUAUCAAUAUUACAGAUUAGAAAAAGUAUCUGUUAGUGUUCUAACAGUUUUUUUUUAUUAUCUUGAGAAUCUUCCAAAAAUGGAACUGUCUAAGCCAUUUUUUUAAGUUGUUGUUACUUGUAGAUUUUUAUCACUUUUUUCCACUGGCACCCUGACAUCUCUGAGCAUUAAACACAAACUUUCAGCUGAAAAAAUGGUAAUUCUGACAAGUGAUUUUAGUUUUACUUUGUCAAAUACUGGUUAAUUUCAAAUGCUAAUUUUAAUGUAAAUACAAUGAUGCUAUGUUAUAGCAGAAGCUGUUUAGCAAUCAAACACAACGUUUCAUUGUAUUGUCCUCAGUCGUU